AUGGAAUUAUCAGAUGUUUUCACUCCUGUACUGGCCACAAUGUUGGCCUCUUCACCACCCAACUCCUCCUCGGAUAAUGUCAGUCAAACCUCCUCCUCCUCGAGAUCUCCUCCCCUACCACCUCACUCACAGGUGGUGACAUUGUUCAUUAUUCUGGUGGUCACGGUCAUCGUCCUGGGGACUGUGGUGGGUAACAUGCUUGUCGUAGUGGCGGUGUUCACCAGCCGAGCUCUUAGGGCGCCUCAAAAUCUCUUCCUGGUGUCUUUGGCGUCAGCAGACAUUCUGGUGGCAACGACAGUGAUCCCCUUCUCUUUAGCUAAUGAGGUCAUGGGCUACUGGUACUUUGGUUCCACCUGGUGUUCCUUUUAUCUGGCUCUGGAUGUCCUCUUUUGCACUUCUUCCAUCGUCCACCUCUGUGCCAUCAGCCUUGACCGCUACUGGUCUGUCACCAAAGCUGUCAGCUACAACCGCAAACGGACGCCCAAACGGAUUAAAGCAAUGAUCAGCAUCGUGUGGCUCAUAUCUAUUGUCAUCUCAUCGCCACCACUCCUGAUGACACCAAAAGAGGAGGAGUUUGAGACAGAAGAUGAAUACAGAGCACAAAGGCAGGAGUGUCUUCUCAACAACCAGACAUGGUAUAUCCUCUCCUCCUGCCUGGUGUCCUUCUUUGCCCCGGGAGUCAUCAUGAUACUUGUCUACUGUAAAAUCUAUCGUUUUGCAAAGCAACGAGCCUCCACUGUGUUUGUGGCAAAGAAUGUGAUCGAGCAGCAGCCAUCACAAUCUGAGACCUGUUUUAUUGACCACACCAGGACUUCCCAAAGAAAGGGAGCCAGCUGCAGGGAUUCCCAGUACGAGCUGCACAGCUCACAGCCUGUCAACCGACACAGCUCCUCCAACAUAGACAGCAGCAGCGACAGGAGAGGAGAGCUGGAUGAUAUUGACUUGGAGGAGAGGAGCUGCAAAGCUAACACAAAGUCCUCAUUAUCCUUGUCUCUCCGCUUCCCUAGUAGAGCUGGCAGAAGCGUGAAAACAGAGGAGGGGCAGGCCGCUGCUGGAACAACAAGCAGGUUGAAACCUCCUCCGCCUCCUUCCUGUGCCUCCAUAUCCUGGGCAUCAUCUGAACCUUUGUCCGAGCACUGCCUCCUCCCCUCUCCUGUGCCUCUCCGCAGCCGGCAAGUGUCUCUUCCCACUCACAAAGUGGCUCAAAUGAGGGAGAAACGCUUUACCUUUGUUCUGGCAGUAGUAAUGGGGGUUUUUGUCCUUUGCUGGUUCCCAUUUUUCUUCACCUACAGUCUGCACGCUGUCUGCAGAGAGAACUGUACAAUCCCUGACACACUAUUCAACCUGUUUUUCUGGAUCGGAUACUGCAACAGCUGUCUGAAUCCCAUCAUAUACACUAUUUUCAACCGAGACUUCAGAAGGGCCUUCAAGAAAAUUUUGUUUCACACUCAGAAAUGAACAUAAAAUGUGAACGUGUAGGUGUGGAAGCAAUUUUACCAUCAUGAUUUCCACUGUGCUGUCAUAAGUACAUGAAAGGGCUUGUCAUUUAGUCAGAGUAUUGUUCAUCAACCGCUUACACAAGUAUUAAAUAAUCACUUUAUAUCAAAUGGUUGGAGGUUCAGGGGUACGGCAUACUGAUCAAAUGAGGGCAGAUGAUUCAAUCUGCUUUCUUGAUGCUGUGAUGGUUCAAAAUCACUUCUUAAUGAGAGGAAAAUGGCUGCAAGGAAGUGAACUGUGUCCCUGCAGAGCUGCAAGAUGUCCAUUGUAAUGGUGCAAGUCGACAGUGGCUCAGCAAUCCAAAUUGCAGGAGGAAAAAUUAAAAAAAGAUUUCACCAGUUUAAUAAAAUAAACAGUUAGUAAAUAGGUUUGCUUGUCUCAAAGUAAUGGAUUUAAUUAAUUGAAUGGAGUUUCAACUGUAACUUCAAGUAAAUGAAUGGAGAAAAGAAAACCUACACAACUGUAAACUUCUAUUGACACUGCAUCACUCCAGGGCAAAGACAUUAAAAAUUCAUGUGCAGCUAGCAGAUGGGCUGAGCUGCUAUAAACAGUUAGUGAGAGAGUACAAAAGAAAAGGAUGGUAACUAUACCAGAGCCUGUGAAUAAAUAUAAUCAACCUGCAGGCUCAUCUACAGCAGUGGAUAAUUAUUCUCUGAAGCUCAGAAGGAAAUAACUGGGCUUGCUGUGGGGUGUAUUACUCAACGUUUGCCUCGACUCUGGGAAAACAGAAGAAACAAAACAAUGAAUGCUGAAAUGCUGAAGAACUAAUUGGACAUACUCAUUGAUUUUACCUCGUCUCAAAGACCGUUUGAGUAGCCCUGUGUGACAAAAGCCCAUUGGUUGCUUCUAAUUUGUGGUGAGAUAAAGAUAAUAAUCAGACAUGAUAUUUUUAUCCAUCAGUGUGGCAGAGGGUGUGAUUAGACCAAGGUCACAAACAAUGUUACAUCAUUCCGGUUGCUAUGCAACACAUAGUUGAAUAACAGCUAGAAAGUUGUGCAAGUAAGUAUCUCACCUGUAUCAUCACAAGUAGAAUGAUGGUGUAAAUGCCACAAAUACAUGUAUUUAUAAACACCUUUCAGCAACAUCUGGCCAUUGGGUAGUUUCAGUUUUAUAAAAAUACACCUCAACACUUGUCCGAAACAGAAAUGGAGCCACUGUCACAUGUCAAGGUUUUGUAUUAUUAUUUCAAAACAAUGGUGGGUUGUAGAAUACAGGUAAAAGAAAAGUUGAAUGAGUAAAGAUUAACCAACACACUAAAGUAAUAUUACAGCCUCAAGUUAAUGGGUUUUAUUGUCAGUAUUAUUUAACCACUAACCACCUUUAAGGCUGUCACUGUUUAACACAUGACAGUAAACACAACACACAUAGGGUUUGAAGUCCUCUGUCGUUCAGUUACUUUGUGGUACCUGUCUCAUCCUAAAUACCUGAGUUUCCCAUCAGUCUCAUGAUGAGAACUUAAACAUCUGCCUGUAUCUGCAGCAGUGAAACUAAAUCA